AGGUCUUUCCUUCUUCCGCUUCUCUUUCCCGCCCGUUCUCAUCUAUGGAAGGGCCGGAGGCGGCCGCCGCCGGUGCUGUCUGAACCUCCCUCACGGCCCUUUCUCCUGCACCCCGGAGCUGACUUGGAGAAUUGGAACGAUAAAUUUCCUGAGCAGUAGGACCUUAGGCAGUAUUUGAAGCUACUUGGUGAUAUUGCUAGCCCAGAGCAACUGGGUUGAAGGUAGAGGAAAUGAAUUCUGCAGAUACACUUGAUGAUGAAGAUACAUUUAAAGUUUUGGUUGCAACAGACAUUCAUCUUGGAUUUAUGGAGAAAGAUGCAGUCCGAGGAAAUGAUACGUUUGUAACACUGGAUGAAAUUUUGAGACUUGCCCAGGAAAAUGAAGUGGAUUUUAUUUUGUUAGGUGGUGAUCUUUUUCAUGAAAACAAACCCUCAAGAAAAACAUUGCAUACAUGUCUGGAACUAUUAAGAAAAUAUUGUAUGGGUGAUCGUCCAGUACAAUUUGAAAUUCUCAGUGAUCAAUCAGUCAACUUUGGUUUUAGUAAGUUCCCGUGGGUGAACUACCAAGAUGGCAAUCUCAACAUUUCUAUUCCAGUUUUUAGUGUUCACGGCAAUCAUGAUGAUCCCACAGGGGCAGAUGCACUCUGCGCAUUGGACAUUUUGAGUUGUGCAGGAUUGGUGAAUCAUUUUGGACGCUCAAUGUCUGUAGAAAAGAUAGACAUUAGUCCUAUUUUGCUUCAAAAAGGCAGCACAAAAAUUGCUCUGUAUGGGUUAGGAUCUAUUCCAGAUGAAAGGUUGUAUCGAAUGUUUGUCAAUAAACAAGUAACGAUGUUGAGACCAAAGGAAGAAGAAAAUAGUUGGUUUAACUUGUUUGUGAUUCAUCAAAACAGAAGUAAACAUGGAGCCUCAAACUACAUUCCUGAACAGUUUUUGGAUGACUUCAUUGAUCUUGUUAUUUGGGGUCAUGAACAUGAGUGUAAAAUAGCACCAACCAAAAAUGAGCAGCAACUUUUCUAUGUUUCACAGCCUGGAAGUUCAGUGGUUACUUCUCUUUCCCCAGGAGAAGCUAUAAAAAAACAUGUUGGCUUACUGCGCAUUAAAGGGAGAAAGAUGAAUAUGCAAAAAAUUCCUCUAAAGACAGUACGGCAGUUUUUCAUAGAGGAUAUUAUACUUGCUGAUCAUCCAAAUAUUUUUAAUCCAAAUAGUCUUAAAGUAACCCAGGCAAUACAGAAUUUUUGUUUGGAGAAGGUUGAAGAAAUGCUCGAAAAUGCUGAAAGAGAACGUCUGGGAAAUCCUCGGCAGCCAGAGAAGCCACUUAUAAGAUUAAGAGUUGAUUAUACAGGAGGAUUUGAACCUUUCAAUGUUCUCCGCUUCAGCCAGAAGUUUGUGGAUCGGAUAGCUAAUCCAAAAGAUGUUAUUCAUUUUUUCAGGCAUAGAGAACAAAAGGAAAAAACAGGAGAAGAGAUCAACUUUGGGGAGCUUAUCACCAAACCUCCUUCGGAAGGACCUACCAUAAGGGUAGAAGAUCUUGUGAAGCAGUAUUUUCAGACUGCAGAGAAAAAACUACAACUUUCCCUUCUAACAGAGCGGGGGAUGGGUGAAGCAGUACAAGAGUUUGUAGACAAAGAAGAGAAGGAUGCCAUAGAGGAGCUGGUAAAAUACCAGUUAGAAAAAACACAGAGAUUUCUUAAAGAACGUCACAUCGAUGCAGCAGAAGAUAAAAUUGAUGAAGAGGUACGUCAUUUCAGAGAAAGCAGAAAAAAGAAUACAAAUGAGGAGGAGGAGGAGGUUCGAGAGGCAAUGAAUAGGGCCAGAGCCCACAGAGCAGAGGCAGAAGACUUAUCUUCAGGAUUUAGUGUUGAUGACCUAAUGAACAUAGAUAGGGCAGAACAAAUGGCCAUUGAUUCAGAUGACAGCAUCUCAUCAACGUCCUACAAAGGAAGAGGCCGAGGGAGAGGCCGAAGAGGUGGAAGAGGACAAAAUGCAGCUAGAGGUGGUGCUCGCCGAGGAAGAGGAAGCACUCAGGAGAUACCUGUUCGCAGCCGGGGUUCUAAAGCCUUUACAUCUUCACCAACAAAAAAUAUGUCUAUCAUUGAUGCCUUUAAGUCUGCACGACAACAACCUACCCGUAACACCACUAGUAAGAAUUACUCAGAGAUUAUUGAAGAUGAUGAUUCUGACAUGGAUGAUGACUUUUUUCCCACCACUUCCAAAGUAGAUCAAAAGUUCUCAAGCAUUUCAUCUAGUCGAAAAAGUUCCCAGAGCCAGAUAGCUAAAGGAGUUGAUUUUGAAUCAGAUGAGGAUGAUGACGAUCCCUUCAUGAACAUGAAUGCAUCCAGAAGAAGUAGAAGAUAAUUUCUGUUAGCUUUUUGAAUUUAAUGAUAGUCUGAAAUACUCAGGAUUCAUGAAACAAUCAGAAAACCUUACAGAAAUUUUACAGUUGAAUUUAUUUCGUAAGAACAGCUUGUUUUGUUAAAUAUUUCUUUUAAAGUUGCCUGUGUUGCAUUUGACAGCAGAGGAAUAUCUUGAAGUAAAUGGAUGAUAAUUAAGAGACCAGGGUGUAAGAGCCCAUAUUUUUGAGUAUUUCCUUAUUAUGGUUCAGAGAUUUUAAUUUAUCAGACUAUGCAAACUUUUCUUUGCAGUUCUAAGGUACACUUAAUGGUAUUGUGCUUUAAUUUAUCAAGCUCUUACCACUCUGACAAUGAAGUAACAUUUGCCUAACACACACACACACACACACACACACACACACACACACACACACACACACACGCACAGAUAUAUAAACUGAGAGCUUUAUUUUCUUGAAUGUUGGUUGAGAAAAGGAAGAAUAAAAAGAUCUAUUAAUGUUCAUUGCUACUCUGAAGCAAUAAUAAAUUUAUGUUACGGUUACCAUUUGCAACUAUAGUGUGAGGAAAAUAGCAUAUAAAUUAUUUUCAUAAUCCAAAUUAGAUUAGAUUCUUGAUCUCCUGCUAGUAAGGCUAAAGAGACAUAAAAACAAACAAAACUCUGAUAAUCCAGGCUCCAUCUCUAUUGCAUAUUGUUUUUAUUAUCUUUUCCUUGUUACAUUCUGUUAUGACUUAGUGUUUAUAUUUUUCACAUAAUUUCAGUUCAGUUCAAUCACCAUUUACUUAGCUCCUAUAUUGUACAGCAUUACCCAAGCUCCUAGAUCCCAUAAAUGAUUUAAAUAGUCUCUUCCUUUAUAAUGAUGCUUACGUGUGGGCCAUGUAGGUACCAUACCACAAGUAAGACUUAAAGAAUCAGAGUAGGCAUCUUUCACUUUCAUUGCAGAUUGGCACCCCAUUAAACCUCAGCUGAUUCCUUCAGAGUAGUUGUGAUCAGUUUUCAUCAUUUGAUCCUCACCCACGUGGUGAUGAGCCUUUCUGACAUGCAGUCAAUAACAGAACUCAUACUUGAAGCCAUAUCAGCUUGGUAGAAGCCCCCAGAAUUAGUGCUCCCCAGCUAUAACCUUCAAGAACAUAAGAUCAUGUCCACAAUAUAAGGCAUUAGAAUAGGACUUUAGUGGAGGACAUAUAACUUUCAUGCAAAUGGUAUGUAAGUCCAUCUCAUAGAGGUACAAACUAAAUGAAGAUGGAGGGAGGAAAGAUGAAGGAUUAAAUCCAAACUUUGGCACUAUUGUAUACAGUAAACUUACUUUUAGGCAUAAUUAUGCAGGGAAUUUGAUUUCUGGUUCAAUAGUAAAAAUUCUAAAGUACCCACUGAGAAUGAAUAAUUCUUUGUAUUUUCCCCAGUCCUUAUUGAUAAUGAUUUUAUUUUCUGAUGUAUCAUGCACUUGUUGUAUAUUUCUAGAGAAAUAAAAGUUUUUUAAGAAAACAAAAAA